AUGGCCCACCACAUUGCUCAGGAGGCCAUCGAGAAAGCCAUAGCUGCUGAUCCAGCGUUGCUCUCGCCGGAGAAAUCUCCACGAGACCGCCUAGAGAAGCUCCUCAUCGAGCCCUUGCGGGAGCUUGCAUACGUCUGGGAGGAUAAAGUCGGGAUGUCGAUCAUCCUGGAUGCUCUUGACGAGGGUACGGCCAGCGGCUUACAUCACAUAGGACCAUUCAUAUCCUUGCUCGUUCGUCUCAUCCGCGACGAAUCGGUUCCCAUCCACAACAUCAUCAUUACCAGCAGGGUCUGGCCUUCGAUCCGUGCCGCAAUGCGCAGUCAUGCUCUAGGAGACCUCGUGAAGAUCGUGCAAGUCGAGGAUUAUGACUCUCACGAGGAUAUCGGACAUUUCUUCCGAGACGGUUUUGACCGCAUAUACGACGAGUUCGACCUACCAACAGUGUGUCCAAAGCCGUGGCCCGCCCCGGAUGAUCUGACGACGCUAUCUGAGCGUGCCAACGGUCGCUUCAUCUUUGCGGCUACCAUACUCAGAUUUAUCCGCCAGGACGAGCCUUAUAAUCGUCUCCCGCUCGUUUGCAGUAUGCUACGAGGAAAUGUGGAGGAGGUCUGGGGCGAUGUCCAUCAUCUGUAUGCUUCCAUAAUCGACGGCAUCGAGUCGCUCCAUCGUGACGAUGGGUUAAAGUACCUUUCUGUUGUAGUCAACCUCGCCGAACCUCUCUCCCCAUCGGAUCUACGCCGCCUCUUUGGAGUUGACGUUCGUGCACUCCUUCUUCCAUUUUCAGCCUUGGUCUCCAUCCCAGCUCCCGAGUCUCCUGACAUGCCGAUACAAACUUAUCAUAACUCGCUCCGCGACUUCCUUCAUGACUGGCACAUCAGGAAAAUGGCAGUUGCCUUAUUGGGUACUUAUCCGAGCCUUCGGUGCCAUAAGUCCGAGGAUAAGCGACGCGUCCGACAAGAUGCCGCCGGCUUUGUGACGAGCUAG